UUCAAGAUGUGGCAUUGGCUUAUUGUGUUAGCAAUCAGUUUUUCUGAGGGUAUAUUAGCACAAAAUGGCACCUGUGGAAUACAAGUCAUAAAACCACACCAACACAGUAGCGCAUCACGUGUAUCGCGCAUUGUUGGAGGUAAAGAGUCUAUACCACAUAGCUGGCCUUGGAUGGUGCUGCUGAGAUUUAGAACAGCUACAAUAACCUGCGGAGGGUCGCUGGUUAGAGGUGCCGAUGGAAAUAUUGUAAUCGUUACAGCAGCGCAUUGUGUCGAUGGGGCAACAAAUCCUGCAGACUGGAAAGCGGAUGUUGGGGUUCACUCACGCGCUUCCAUGGAACCAAAUCAAAAAGAAUAUGGUAUUCAAGAAAUUAUUCAAAAUCCUGGGUUUAACUUUCAAUUUCUGGACGAUGACAUUGCAAUUUUGAAAACGGCUUGGCCUAUUGAAUUGAACGACUAUGUACAACCAAUAUGCUUGACGACAGAAAAUUCUGAAUUUAAGGUCGGACAAGAAUGCGUUGUUAUAGGAUGGGGAGCUGAUGUUCAAGGUGGAUCACCAGUUGAUAGGCUUCAUGAAGUUUACAAGCCUAUAAUUGCUGACGUUGACUGUGCAACUGCAUUAAGUGUAUUUGGUUAUAAUAACCAUUCAAUGUUGUGUGCUGGAAAUUUAGUUCAGGGUGGAGUUGAUGCCUGUAGUUUUGACUCUGGGGUACCAUUUGCAUGUAAAAAUACCAAAGGAGAAUGGGAAUUAGUUGGUAUAAGUAGUUGGGGAUUUGGAUGUGCACAACCAGGAUACCCAGGUGUAUACAAUGAAGUUUACACGUUCCUACAAUGGAUUCACGACAAUACACAUACUUCAGUUGGGGGACCAAUUGUCGGAUAACACAAAAAUGAAUAAAAAAUAAAAAUUCA